GCAGUAUUACGUGGUCUGUGUGCGACUCGGGCGGGCAAUUUGAGCGGCCUUUUCCUGUUGAGUGUUGGAGACACUCGCUGUGGACUGAAUAUCAACAGAAGCGACUUACUUACACUUUAUAUACAUUGUUGUAUCCGAUUGGAGGUCGGCAUGAAGGGACGAACACCUCCCAGCCUAAACGGCUCUUUGCAGCGAAGACGCUCCCCACGGUUGACUUCUCCUUUGGUAAAUGCUGACAACAACAUGGCGCCGGCUAAUAGCAUUGCGGUUAAGCGUUCGAUUGUUGUUAGGAAAAUAGCGCCAAGGAAAACAACUGCUCAGCCUGAGCAGGACAAAGAAAACACACCGAGACGGCCAAAAGUUUCCACCCCGGGUCUUGUCCCGGAUUGCGGCCGGUCUUCUGGUGCUAAGAAGCUGACCGCCAUGCCAUCACCAAUCCUCCCUCCGUCAUCACCGAAGGAGCCGACUGCGGACCCACAAGAUGCGGUGUGGUCCCAGAAGGUCCGCCGCUCCUACACCAGGCUCAGCGAGAAAUCCUUCAACAGUCCUGAAGCCCGAGAGACUCUUUUCGGCUUUGAAAAGCUCCAGACCCCGGAAGUGGGACGGAGUGUCGGGCGAACGACGACGGGCCCGGAUGUGUCCAGCUGCUCCUUCACGUCUAUGCUGGACGCCGAUUACUGUGGCCCUGCGUUCUCCGAGCCGGACGCCAACAUCCCCGGUGUGGCUGUGGUGAAGGAGAAGAGGAACCGGAGGAAGAUCCAGCAAAUAGACGUCACCGAGCUGGACGCGCUCGCUGCCAAAAUGAACGCAGAGUUUGAGGAGGCUGAGGAGUUUGAGCUGGUGGUGGAGUAAAUAACGUGGAGACUGAGGAACACUGAACUGAUGGACUCUAUAGUACCUUCACAACGUAUCGGAAAUGUCUCACAAACCUGAUGUUUCUAUCCAGUUAAAUGUUGAUAUAUUCCACAGCUGUUUCUUGUUAUUUGUUAAGUAUGAUGACAUAACAGAUGUUAAAGUGUGGACAUUUUUGCUGAAAUCACUUUUAACUGUUGGUGUCACGUGGAAUUACAACCUCACUUGUUGCAUGUAAAAGUGAAAUACAAGAUAAAUAAAUUGGUAGUACCAUAUUUCAAGUUACUAGUUGCAUGAAUAAUGAAAGAAGCGGUCGACUGGAUAUUUUAGGCACAUUUUAAGUCAUACGGGGGUGUCCAAAGUGCGGCCCGUAAGCCAUUUUUUGGCAUACUCUUUAAAUAAAGAAUUAAAGAAAUUCAUUCUGAAUAAUAUAUAUUAUUACAUCAAAUUUCUAUCACAAAGCUAAAAUGUUUUGUUUGCGGCAUCCAAGCUUUUUCCAUUGAAACCCACUUACUAAAAAAUGAAAGAGCCACUUUGAUAUUUUGUAAAUCAACAAUGUGUAUAUUGUGAUUAUACUAUAGGUGAAAAAGCAUAUUAUUAGUAUGAACUUCUGACUUUUUUCCCAUUUUUGCUGUAUCCCCCCCAAUAUUUAAACUUCUCAAUCAAAUAAACUUGGUACAUUUUUUUUCUCUUAAAUUCUGACUUUACUCCCAUAAUAUUUUGACUUUAUUCCCAUAUUACUGUUUUCCCGAGCCUAAUUUUCCAAAAAUGGCAACUUUAUUUUGUUUAGUUAGUUUUUCAUAUUAUAAAGUAAAAAAAAAAGAUAUUUUUUCUUUUAUAUUUCACGCUAUGCUACUAAAAUGAUGUUUUUCCUCAUAAUAUUACAAGUUUAUUCUCGUAUUAUGACUUCAUUCCCAUAAUAUUUGUCUUUUUUUGUGUUACCUUUCUUGUUAAAUUGUCUUUUUAGAAUGUGCCACUGGCCAAUUAAAAAAAUAGCUCUAGGGGCCGCAUUUUGGACACCCCUGUCUUACAUAUAUUAAAGUGACACCCAGUGCAGCUGUGUAAAUAUUCAGAUUUUUUUUCGUCAAUGCCUGAGAUUUGAUUAUUUUCCAACUACACUGAGUGCCACUGCACCACUUUUAGCUUCUACAUGUGAGAAAUAAAUAGCAAAGACUGCACAAAGAUUCUAGGUGUGCAGCACUUAAAAAGGAAUGCUUGUAACAGUUUGGCCAUUUUAGUUUGAGCAAAUGUUUUCAUCUCAAGACCCAAACUGGAAAAUGUGUGCCUGCUUGUAUUAUAACCAACCUGUUUUUCUGCACAAAACUCUGAUAUCCUUCUCACGAAUUAACACAAAACAAAGCUUUUUUCCACAAAAAAGCAUUGUUUUUAUGUACAAAAUCCUGCAACAUUAUUGUCAAGACAUGUCAUGGAUCAGGUUUUCUCACUACACCACUUCCUAGACACCUCAAAAGCCAAAUACUUCGAAAACAAAUAACACAAUUUGAAGUUGCAGCUGUCAUUUCCUGGGAAAGUUGGAAACGUCGUCAUGUGUGACGCCGCAAAUUUUCGAGACUUCCGCUCAUGAGCUAUGCCAAGUGUUUUUUUAGGCCGCUUAACUCUCCGUGUGAACAAAAGUCAACACAAAUGGAACGCACAACGCAACUGCACCACAUGGAGUAUGUGGGUAUCAAAAUAAGGCUUACACACUAACAUGCAUGCAAAACUAUACCCGCAGCUACAGCCCGCAAGGCAUGCUGGGUAACCUAGUGGUUACUACUCUUCCCCAUGCACGCAAGUGUGUUAAAAAGCAUGAUGCAUUAAGCUUUUUUGUUUUAUUUUGUCUUAGGUAAUAAUCAGAAUUAAUAAAGAUAUUACCAUGACAAC